AUGGCUGAAAGUACUGAUAUUACUAUGCCUGAAUAUGUAAGUUGAAAUCCAGUAACGUUUUUACAGUUUUUUUUAGUUAUAUAACACAUACAAUGGCAAAGGUCCUGUGCCAAGAAUAUAUAUACCUGCAUUAGUGUUGUGGUCCAUAGCACUAGCUGGCUAUGUUGGGAAUACCUUGGUUAUUAUGGCUACUUUUAAGAAUAAGUAAGUUGCCCUACCCUAACAUAAAGUAACCUACCCUAAGGUACUCUAUUAUCCCUAUCUUAGCCUACCCUAUCAUACCUACCCUACCCUACGCUACCCUCCCCCACCCAACUCUACCUUACCAUAUCUUACCUUACCUUAAUUUACCUUACCUUAUCCUACCCUAUCAUACCAUCUUAUCUUACCGUAGACUAGACUACCCUACGCUACUCUGUUUCCCCUAGUCUGCUUUACCUUACCCUACCCUACUUUACCCUAUCCAACAUUAUCCUACUCUACCCUACGCAAGCCUUUCCACCUUUUUAUGCAGACUGCAGCUGCCAUGUUAUACAACAAAACAUGUCUUAAAGUAAAACAUCUUUAUGUUACAGAAAACUCCAAGGCUCCUGUAACUUUUUCAUAGCUUACGGCUGUUUCGCUGACAUAUGUCAUACAUCAGCUCACUGGGUAUUCGUCUACACUACAAUAACCGGAAACACCUUUAUACCGUACGAUGAAUGUUUGUGGUAUCAAACAAUUCCUCAAAUAUUUGUUACUGUCAGUGUGAUUAUGACAUUACUAGUCGGAAUUGAAAGAUUAUUUGCAGUUUUGUUUCCUUUGACCUAUCAAGGAAUUAACAAGAAGAUUAUUAUUAUUGGUGGUGUUAUCAUUGCUUUUGUUGUCAGUUUUUAUUUUUAUUUGAUUUCAUUGGAAACUGCCUUUUCGGAGAAUGGCAAACUGUGAGUUUUAACCAUUUAACGUUAGCAUUAAAAAUGGCAGUUUGAUGAGGGUUGGGUUAGUUUAAAGCUAAAGAGCUAAAGUAAAGCAAAAGCAUAGCUAAACUCACUGCUUAAAUAGUACCCAAUAAAAAAAAUUUUCAGCCCAGUACUCUGUGUCAUAGUAAACAGCCUGGGCGGCCGAGGACUCCUACAAUGGUUUAAUAUGUGUGUCCUAGUCAAUCUAAUUGAUCUACUUGUGUACACAUUAGUAUGGGUAAUGCUCAAAUUCAAGGCAAAUGCUAAAGACGAAGGUCAAAAAGUAUUUAAAGCCCUAUUUGCCAUUAUGUUUACCGUAGCGUUUGGAUGGCUGGCUAACGCCUUUUGUCAAGCUGUAAUCGUACCAGCUUAUAUAAAGGUUGAGGACCAGUAUGAGUUCAUGAUUUAUUUUGGCAUUCCGGUUAAUGUGGCCAGCUCUUCUGGAUUUGUCACACUUUACAUUUUUAGGUAA